AUGCCUAAAGCUUCCACGAAAUCCACUGAUCCAGAUGGGACAGAAGAAAUUCUACGCAGCGAUGCAACAAAGAGGUACAGAGUGAAGCCUGUUGACCUGGACACACUCCGUCCUGUUCGCACAGAGAGGGGCUACAAGAAUUCACUUGUGCGGUAUUAUGACACAGGUGAUGUUGAGGCCCUGGAACAGCAACUGAAGCAGGAUCCAUCGUUGUCGAAAGUACAUACCUCGCCGAAGAAGACCGUAAAGAAGAAAGGGGGAAAGAUAUCGAGAACAACGGCUAUGAGGAACUUUAAUCUCGAUGAUGCGCAGAUGGAUAGGAUCAAGCCGAGAGAUGUCAAGGACAGUCCGACAAAGAAGGACGCUCACCGGAAGGUUUUCUGGUAUAAUUUGGUUGACGUAGAGAAUCUGGCACAGGAAGUUCAUCGUACUACUUCCAGAGACAAACGAGGCUCCGACGACAAGAAAAGCACAAAAGAAUUGUCGCAUCAGGCGUCCACCUCUACAUCUGUUACCUCGAAAGUAAAAAUGAAGGAUGACUCCGAUGACGAGGUCAUUGUCGUCUCCAUGUCUCCGAGCCAGGCCAAGAAGAGCGGAAAAUCUUCAAUUAAGCAAAAAUCUGAAGAUGAUGAUGAGGUUAUCGUGGUCUCCGAAUCCAGGAAGUCUCCAGAUCGUAAGAACGUGCAUGUGAAGAGGAAUUAUGAUUAUGACGAUGAUUUGAUCGCGGACGGUUUGUUCGAUGGAUUGGCCAAUGAUGAUGCCGCAGCGCUGUUCGCUAGUUUAACGAGAUAAUGACGGGUGUCUUCGGACUGAAGUCUCAUGUACUUGUACU